AGCUCAUCCCUCCCUUCACAUCAUGUCCCCUGCUCGUUGGCCACACUCGCUGCAUGCUUUUUAAAUUGCCAUCACUGGCCUCCAGACGUCGUUUCCUUCUGCCUGCGGGAUGAUGGACAGCAGGAUACUGGAUCCACCUCACGCCCAGUUCGGAGGCUCUCUCGGCGGGAUGGUGGGCUUCCCGUACCAUCUGAGCCACCAUCACGUUUACGAAUUAGCCGGGCAUCAACUUCAAUCUGCGUCCGCGGUCCCUUUCUCGAUAGACGGAUUACUUAAUGGUUCCUGCACGGCGUCGGUGGGUAAUUCCAACCCCCUCUUGUCUUCGGGUUGCGGCAUGAAUGGAGAUAAUCAGCACUACAAACUGUCAGACUCGGGGGACCCAGACAAAGAUAGUCCUGGUUGCAAGAGACGGAGAACUCGCACUAAUUUCACUGGUUGGCAGCUGGAGGAAUUAGAAAAGGCUUUUAAUGAGAGCCACUAUCCCGACGUUUUCAUGAGGGAGGCUCUGGCUCUGCGGCUGGACUUGAUAGAAUCAAGAGUUCAGGUGUGGUUUCAGAAUCGCAGAGCCAAGUGGAGGAAGAAGGAGAACACAAAGAAAGGUCCGGGUCGACCUGCCCAUAACGCCCACCCCACCACGUGCAGCGGGGAGCCCAUGGACCCGGAGGAGAUCGCGCGGAGGGAGCUGGACCGAAUGGAGAAGAAGAAACGCAAGCAGGAGCGCCGGCUGCUCAAGUCCCAGAACAAGCUGCUGUCCGGGGAUUUAUUUCACACCCCGGGUUCUGACAGCGACAGCGGGGUGUCGCACGUGACCGACAGUGACCACAACACGGGCCCGCCUUAUGACUCUGUGGGGGGAAGCCAAACGCAAUCGAGCUGCGACCUAACACCUCACUCUCUCCAGCUCCACAACCAAAGACAUUUGGAACAGGAUGCUGGCGGAUCCGAGCUGGACUCGGCCGAAGCCAGCCAUCGGUCCAGCCUGUGCUCCAACACCAACAACAGGGCCUCCGGGGUGCAGAAACUCAACCCCUUUAGCGUGGAGAGCCUCCUUUCGGACGCAAGACCGAGACGCAACCCCGCGGCCUUACCCUCCUCGCGGCCUUUGAUAGGGAAGGGACACUUCCUUCUUUAUCCCAUCACGCAGCCGCUUGGAUUCAUUGUUCCCCAAACUGCUCUGAAGACAGCAACCACGACAACACACAGUGACAGUGAACCCCCGGCAGAGAGAAACCAGUCCAGUGCGCGCUGCAGUGUCUCUGCGGGAUGUAGGAGCAGCUCGCCGGAGUCUGCAGACGCAGCGCAAAGGGGACAGGUGGGCUCAGAGGACAAGACCCGUUCAUCAUCAUCAUCAUCAUCAUCACCACACACCAGUCCUUCUACCCCCGCCUUUCCCACUUGCAAAAGUACUCACACCUCUGUUAUUUGCAGCGAUUCGACUUUCGCCCACGAACACAGUCCACAACUCGUAACGCCUGUCGAUGCAGACAGAAAAGAGCAUUUAGAGAACCAGGACCAGCUCUCUGUGGACCCCGAGUGCAGUGUCCUCGGUGACAGUCCGGCAGAAACAAAGACAGACUUUAAAGAAGACUUGGAAUAAUGCAUUGGGGGUUAAGAAAAAGGAGAAACAUACUGAUAAAGCCUCUAAAUAACACCUGACAUUUAGGCCAAAGCUUCACCUCAAACUAGCCUACAUCUUAAACUCUAAAAAUCUAGGUUUCCCCUCUCUGCUGAUUUGUUGACAAUGCUGUGCCCUCUCUCUCUCUUUCUCUCUCUCACUCUCUCUCCUCUUCUCUCUCUCUCUCUCUCUCUGCGUGUGUGUGAUUCAGGAGUCUCUAGAUAUCAUUUAAUGUGUGAUAACUUGUCAGAAAAACAACAACACAAGACCACGAGACCAACAAAAAUCCUCAAGAGCUGUAAAAAAAGGUAUUAUACUAUUUAUAUAUGUAAGUUUUUUCUUAAAUAAAUCUAUUGUAUACAAGCACCUGAAACCGUGUGAGACCUUAAAUAGCUGCACAUCCAGUGCAGGACUAGUGUACAGUAGGAAGGGCUUUUCUUAAGAAAUCUCAUGUUGUACUUUGUAUAUUGCCUUAACAAAUUUAUUCAUCUAUAAGCCCCCACUGAAAUGAGGUUACGAGCCUGAGGCGAAAAGGACCCGCUCGACUCCUGCAGAGUUUUGAUAUGAAAGUAAUUAUUUUCCCGGUGGCUACUGCAGGGGGAUUCAGUUUAUUUUAGCUCAAAGGGGGUUAUAAUACAUUACCGAUUUCUAGUGAUAUGAAAUCACAUAAACUUCCAAGAAUAAUAGAAUUAGCAUGAAAAGGCCUGGGUGUCAAAUUGAAAUAGGAAAAUAAUAGCCCCGGCAGCUGGGAGUGUGUGUGUUUGUGCAUAUUGGAUAGGAGAUGGGGAUUCGUGGGGAGGCAUUUUCAUGAGUUUUUUCCCCCCUCUCCCUCUUCUUCCUCUCCCUCUCUCUCCACUUUGUCAGGGCCCCCUUGUAGCAGGGCUAUAUUAAGAUAGAUGUUCGAUGAUAUCCCUCAUUGUUCUGUCGCUUUACAUUGAUGUUUCGGUGUUAUCAGCCUAUUGAUCACGCGUCGGCUGUAAUAGGACGGGCUGAGGAAAACGUGCCUAUUUACAAUAGCAGAACACAUUUGUUCUAAUAGGGCUGCGGGUCCCCAGGGAAGCCACGCGGGAUCUGGGACAUCUGCUCCCCUUUUGCAAUAUUAGCUGUGUUGACCACAAUAUCACGUCGACCCGAGGAGGAAAUGUCGAGUCUGCUGCGUGCGUUUAAUUCGCAAAUAAAAAAAAAUAUAUAUAGGCUGUAUAGGCUGUAUAAGAAGAAAGAAAUCAGACAAAAAUCCACCAGCUCUUUCUCCUCAGACCCUUGUUAAAAUCCACAACCCCUUUAUUGUUCUCCUUGGGUCUUGAUUUGCAAAUAAAUUGAAAAUAAUCAGAGGGGUGAGCUUUACGUCUGAGCCGGCGCAAAUGAAUUUCUGAGCCAGUGUCCCUUUCAAAAUAUUUACAUAAAUUUCCAGCCAUGCAGCUGUUUGCU